AAGUCCCAACGACGAGUCAAUAAACCAACUACACAAGAUUGAUAAAGAGACUUGCAGGUCCACAUGGGAGUACAGAUGAAAUGGGUUCGCCUUUCCGCUCAAGAUCCAUCUCUCCCAUGGCUUCCCUCUGGCCAACUUUCUUGGUUCUAGCUCUCUCAGCAUCUUCACUCGUCAAUGCAGACGACACAUCAACAGUAUACGAAGUUCUCCAGGAAUACGACUUUCCUAUCGGUCUCCUUCCCGCAGGAGUAACGAGCUACGAAUUUGACAACUCAACAGGUAAGUUCACAGUCCAUCUUAAUGGCACUUGCUCAUUCAAAAUCGAUUCAUAUGAGCUCAAGUACAAGUCCACUGUUAAGGGUGUGAUAGCCAAAGACAAGCUCUCAAAAUUAAGUGGGAUUCAAGUGAAGGUGCUCUUCCUGUGGCUUAGCAUUGUUGAAGUGACUCGUGAUGAAGAUGAACUAGAAUUUUCUGUGGGGAUUGCUUCUGCUAAUUUUCCUGUGAGUAAUUUUGUUGAGUGCCCCAUUUGUGGAUGUGGCUUUGAUUGUAAAGAUGUCGACUUGAGGAAAGGCAGGCUCAGUCGUCGAUUCUCUUCUUCUUAGAAAUUUAUGUAGGUCCCAGUGACUUGUCUUCGUUAGCAUUUGCCAGAAUAAAUUAAUGUUUUUGUCUUUUAA